AUGCGAACCCGACGAUCGCUCGCGUCGCGAUCGUUCGUCGCGAGCGUCGCGACGACGACGACGACGGCGACGACGCUCCUCUGCCUCGUCGGUUUGUUGCGGAUCCCGCGCGUCGGGGCGACCGAUCAACUCGGCGUGACGCCCUACGCGCACGCCGCGAGGGCGGCGCUGGACCGCGCCGCGGACGAGGACCCGCUCGCCAAGGGCGACUCCUACGCGUCCCUCUCCGAGUCUCACAAGGACGUCUUCAGGAGGCACAGCUCGACGCGAACGCUCGAGGAGAAGACGGAGGCUCUCGAAGCGCCGAUCGUGCGGCACGCGACGGUGGAGGUGCGGCUGGUGGGGUUCGACGGCGACGGCGUCGCGGAGGUGAGGCUGACCGAGCGCGACUUCGCGCCCUACCUCGACGCCCUCCGCGCGGACGUCCCGCACGUCUCCCUCACGUCGCCCGACGACGACGACGACGACGACGACGACGACGACGACGACGGCCGGAUCCCGCCCGGUCCAAUCACCACCAGGUUCCGAUUCCACGUCACCCGCGCGUCCCGACGGCUGUGCGCCGAAAUCGCCGCCGCCGUCGACGACGCGCUCGAACGCGCGGACGCGACGCGCGGUGCCCUGGCGUCUAUAACCGUGGAAUCCUCGGCGGUGACGGCGAUACCGCACGACGUCGUCGACGCGUUGAUCGCCGCCGAUCACGCGAAAGCCGCGGCGAGUUCGUCCUACGUCAUCUACAUCCUCAACCCCGCGCCCAAGGCGUACGCAUCGCGCAAAUACGCAUACUCGUACGACAGCGCGGUGGGUCGCCCUCCCGGGUCCACUGGUGGGUCGGGCACGAGCACCUCGGGUUGCGUCGGCCAGCUGUGGACCGGCGAUUCAAACGGCUCGAUCGGUUCAAACAACGGCCGGUACGCGUGGUUUGACCUCACCGCGGGUCCGACGUCGUACGGCCCGUCCGAUGGCGGCGAAGGGGCGACGCACGCGCUCCCGCGGGUUCACGCCGCGCACCGGAGACGACCGGACCAGCUCGCCGUCGCCGUCGCGGGGUUGUUGCGGCGCGCGGCGAAUCAUCUCCUGGCGCCGCCCGCGGCGCACGCGGUGGCGCCGAAGGUUUGGCGGUCGACGACGGUGAAGAUUGUGCGGGUGACGGACACGCCGCGGGGCAACGACGGCCGGGUGCCGCCCCUCGGGAUCAGGGAGAUCGAGUCCGCGCUGAGGAAGGCGGCGGGGGCGUGGGAGGGCGGUGAAGUCGGCGGGGGUGCCGAGGGUGCCGAGGGUGCCGAGGGAUCGGCGCCGGCGGUGCACGUGACCGAGACGGAAGUCGGCGUCGGCUCGUGUUCGCUGUGCGUGGCGGCGAUGCACCGGGCUCUGAAGGCGACCGCGCGUUCGUCCACACCGGGUUCUUCGUCCGACCGCGGCGCGAACGGCGGGGACGGCGGCGGCGCCACGUACGCCGGCGCCGAGGAGGACGGAAACGGCGGGCGGGUGCUCAACCUGGACGUCGGCCGACCCGCGGGGGGCACGCACAGGGAAUUUCUCGACGCCGCCGAGUUGCGGUACUGGCUGAGGGAGUUUCGAUCGCGAAUCGCGGAAGAGAUCGAGAUGGACCUCGGCGACGCGAACACGGGGGACGACGGCGACGGGGUACGGGUGAUUCCCGUGUUUUUGUUCGACUUGGCGCGCACGGAGGCGCUGCUCCUCGACGGGCGCGAUUCGGCCGUCGCGUAUCCGGAUAUGGCGAUCGCCGUGCGAACCAAGUCGCCGACGCGAAUCUCGCCGAACGGGUUUCAGUGCCAAAACCUUCCCGUGCUCGUCGAGCCCGCGGACGUGCACAGGGCGCUGCUCGGCGCGGUGUUGAGCGCCGGCUGGGGCGUCGCUCCCACGCACCUGACCUGGAGCGAGUCACGCGGGGCGGCGGCGAGGGAUCACGCGUUUGACGUCGGAAACUCGCCCUUUGGCGAGUUAUCACUCGUCGGGCGCAAGGGUCAAAUAUCGUUCGCGGCUUCCGACGCGGCGAAGCGGCACGCGAUCCUCGCCAUCGUCGCGGAGACCCGGCACAGGGCGUCGCGGGUCCUAGCCGCGCUCGCGCGUUCCAGGGACGGGCAGGGCGCGAUGACGCCGACCGCCGGGCUCGAGUUCGACGGCCGCUGGGCGUCGAUGCGGCGCAAGCACGAGCGCGCGCUCGCCGCGGAGGCGAUGCACGAUCAUAAACGCGCGCGUCACUUCGCGAUGAGCGCGAACGUGGACCUGGAGGCGUUGACGAAGCUUGUGCUGGACGCGGGAAAGAAGCUCGAGGCGAGGCUCGAGUGUUUCGAGGAGGCGAAGGGAUCGGAGGGUUUGGUUUGGCGCGUCUUGUCCGCGUUUGCAGUGUUCGCGACGGCGUACUUCAAGGGGAAGGACGCGUUGGGGCGCUGGUGGAACGUCAAGGUGGCGAAACAGUUUUAG